GCCUUAACUUUAUUCUAUCUAUGUUUUCAUCUAAAUCAUGAUUAAUCUUAAUUAAUUUUUUCCUUCAAAACCCAACAAUUCUUCCACCAAAUAGGGGCAUCUGGUUUACCCUUUCGCUUUCUUUUCCCUGUAAUUUCCCUAUUUGUUUUCCAGUUUCGUUUCUUUAUUUUUUAUUGUAGCUCUCUCUCCCUCUGUGUCAUGCAGCUUUGUUGAGAAAGGAAAAAAGAAAAGAGAGAGAGUUGAACUUGAAGGCAUUACGUUUGAUGCUUAAAGAUUUAAUAUUUGGAUAUUUUCCACCGAAGAUUUUUCAUCACUCGAAUGUCUAUCAAGAUCCGUGCUUGUUUUGUUUCACCAGCUUAAAACCCAUUUCAACAAAAGAGGUCAAAUGGACACAACCUCGGUGAGAUGUCUUAUCAACAGUAUUGCUCGAUUCAUUCAUCUUGUAUCAUGCCAGGCAAUAAAAGUUGUUCCCAUCGAAAAGGAAUACAGGAAUAUGGCUGUGGUGUUAAAACUUCUAAAACCGCUGCUUGAUGAUGUUGUUGACUGUGAGAUACCUUCGGAUGAAGACCUGUGUAAAGAGUGUGAAGAGCUAGACAUGCUUGUUAACGAGGCUCGAGAAUUCAUGGAGAACUGGUCUCCUAAGAUGAGCAAAAUCCAUAUGGUUCUCCAGAGCGAGCCUUUUCUGAUAAAAAUGCAAAGCUCUUCACUACAGAUAUGUCACAUAUUAUAUAAAUCAUUGCAGUCAUCACCAUCGACUUCGAGUAUAACCAGUGUUCAGCACUGUAUUCGGGAAAUUAAAUGUCUGAAGCAGGAGAGAUUAUCGGAAAAUAUAGGAGAGGCUUUGAGAAGUCUAAAAGAUGGUGCUAUUCAUGACACUGAUCAUCUGGUAAAAGUUAUCAAGUUGCUGAACUUGGCAUCAAACCAGGAACUGUUGAAAGAAACUGUGGCUGUGGAAAAAGAGAGAAUGAAUGCGCACGUCAGCAACAUGAAAGGGAAAUUAGAUCAAAUCAAUCAGAUUGUGAAUCUCAUCUCUCAUAUACGUGAUUACAUUCUUAAAAUUGAGCACUUUGAACCCACAAGUGGCAUUUCAAUACCACCACAUUUCCUGUGCCCCCUUUCGGUGGAGCUUAUGACGGAUCCUGUUAUUGUGGCUUCUGGGCAAACUUAUGACAGGACCUCCAUCCAAAAGUGGCUUGAUAGUGGACUCACCAUUUGCCCACUGACCCAUCAAGCACUCAAACAUACAAAUCUCAUUCCCAACCACACAGUUAAAGCUAUGGUAGCAAAUUGGUGCGACAAAAAGAGCUUGCAACUCUCCAAUAACACUGGGCAUGUUAAACUUGUCUCAAUCUCUUCUACUUCAAAUCAUAUAUCCUCUCAAGAUUUAACCGGUACUGAUGGUUUCCAUUUCUUUGCAAACAGUAUUAGUUCCACAUCAAGAUCAUCUCUCGAGGUUGUGAAUGGUUUAGAGAAGCUGAAGAUUAUGUCAUCUAGAUUUAGUGGAGAGUGCAAUAGAAGCCAAAGCAGGGAGAUCGAGAAGUAUGACCAGUCCUCUGAUCGUUCAUAUAUUCACAGCAGAACUGAAUCCGCAGCGAGUGAAGCUUCCAGUAGUGAUUAUGCACCUCCUGCUUCAAAUGACUUGUCAAGAAGGUCAAAGAAACAUGAAAUGAAUGAGGUAGCUGAAAUUUCAUCCGAUUGCCUUGGCACUUUUCCUUCAGUAAAAGAAGCUGGAUUUUCUUCCUGGACAACAGGAAAGCAGUUGCAGGUCUCUGGAACAAAAGCAGAAGAGGCAGUUAACGGAAACCGUGAUUAUGACAAAGCAUACUCCAUUAUGUUUUCUGGGUCAGGAUGUGAUGAUUUAACUACAAGUUCCCAUGUGAUGGAAUUAGUAGACAACCUUAAAAGCCCAUCAAAUGAAGUCCAAACUGUAGCUGCUGUUGAGUUGCGCUUUCUUGCAAAGAACAACAUGGACAAUCGUAUAAUUAUCGGUCGCUCCGGUGCUAUUGCACCAUUACUGUCUCUAUUAUAUUCGGAAGUGAAGCUAACCCAAGAGCAUGCUGUUACAGCCCUUUUAAAUCUCUCAAUUAAUGAAGAUAAUAAGUCUAUGAUUGCAAAAUCAGGAGCAAUAGAGCCACUAGUUCAUGUUCUAAAGUCAGGAAAUGAUGGAGCCAAAGAAAAUUCUGCGGCAGCUUUGUUCAGUCUUUCUGUCUUGGAAGACUACAAGGCAAAGAUUGGACGCUCUGGUGCUAUCAAAGCCUUGGUGAAUCUUCUGGUUUCAGGAACAUUGAGAGGGAAAAAAGAUGCUGCCACAGCUUUGUUUAACUUAUCAAUCUUUCAUGAAAAUAAGGCUCGAAUGGUUCAAGCAGGUGCAGUAAAAUACCUUGUCCGGUUAAUGGAUCCUGAUAGUGGGAUGGUUGACAAGGUAGUUGCUCUUCUCUCGAACCUUUCAACAAUUGGGGAAGGGCGUGUAGCAAUUGUCCGAGAAGGUGGUAUCCCAUUACUAGUUGAAAUUGUUGAAUCAGGAUCGCGGAGGGGUAAGGAAAACGCUGCCUCUGUAUUGGUGCAACUAUGCCUUAAUAACCCCAAGUUUUGUAUGCUGGUUUUGCAAGAAGGAGCUGUGCCACCACUCGUCGCAUUGUCUCAGUCUGGCACACCAAGAGCGAAGGAAAAGGCACAACAGCUUCUCAGUCACUUCCGGAAUCAGAGAGAAGGUGCCACUGGGAAGGGCAAGACAUGAAAACAGACUAUUUUUUGUUAUAUUUUGCCUUUCGGAUUUUUUGAUAUCCUACACCAUGUAAGUUGGUCUCCCUCAAUUGGUCCUUUUGGUGUUCUCGUUUCAUACAUUAUUUAGUCUUCCAGCUAUAUGCACUAGUGUUAUGAACUGUAUUCUUUGUUUUUUUUCUUGUAUUUUAAUACCCUUUUUAAAUGUGGUUAGAGGUUGGGGAAAUAAGGUAUUGUUGUUCCCAUGAGAACGGUGGUUUGUCUAUAAUUUGCUGCGAUAUUUUCCUUAGAAAAACUCGGCUUGCCAUAGCAUCCGGAGUAGCUUUCCAUAUAGCUUUAGAUUUUUUAGUGACAGAUUUGGCCUUGGAUUUGUAGAUAUAUUUGUACAUAUUCCUAUAGACUCUUGUAAUCUGCUGUAAGAUCUUGUUGAAAGAUAUUUUUUGCUAUUU